CCACCUCCAUUCGUGCGGGGGAGAUGCCGGGGCCGCCGGGCGCGCUCCGGCCGCCGCCGCCUCGGCAGCUGCUCCUGCUGCUGCUGCUGCUGCUGCCGCCGCCGGGCGUCGGAGCCGCGCCACUUCCGCAAACAGGUGCAGGGGAACCAGCUGCUGCAGAAGUGUCCUUACUUUUUGUGGUUCUAUCUGUAUGCAGUUUACUGACAUUGGUAGUGCUGAUUGUGAACUGUGUAUCCUGCUGUAAAGAUCGAGAAAUAGACUUUAAGGAGUUUGAAGAUAAUUUUGAUGAUGAAAUAGAUUUUACACCACCAGCAGAAGAUACACCCUCUGUUCAAUCUCCUGCAGAAGUUUUUACACUUUCAGUUCCAAAUAUUUCUUUACCGGUUCCAUCCCAGUUUCAUCCUUCUUCAGGCACUCAGCCCCUUACUGAAAUUCUUACAGCAGAAGGAGUGAAGUCUCAAGUUGCACGCCAGAGUCUAAACUAUAUCCAAGAAAUUGGAAAUGGCUGGUUUGGAAAGGUUCUGCUUGGGGAGAUUUAUACAGGCAGCAGCGUAGCAAGAGUAGUAGUGAAGGAGUUAAAAGCCAGUGCGAGUGCAAAGGAGCAAGAUAAAUUUUUGAAAAAUGGAGAGCCAUACUAUAUUCUUCAACAUCCAAAUAUUCUUCAGUGUGUUGGACGAUGUGUGGAAGCCAUCCCAUAUCUUCUGGUGUUUGAGUUGUGUGACAUGGGUGACCUAAAAGCAUAUUUGUGCAGUGAACAGGAGCGUAUUAAAGGAGAUUCACAAAUAAUGCUGCUACAGAGAAUGGCCUGUGAGAUUGCUGCUGGACUUGCCAUAAUGCACAAACAUCAUUUUGUACAUAGUGACUUAGCCCUGCGGAAUUGUUUUCUCACAUCUGAUUUAAAUGUAAAAAUAGGAGACUAUGAAAUAGGACUUGGCAAAUACAAAGCGGAUUAUAUUGAAACAGAUGAUGAUAAAAUUAUUCCCCUUCGGUGGACUGCACCAGAAUUGGUAACAAGCUUCCAAGAGAGAUUACUAACUGCAGAUCAAACAAAGUUUAGUAAUAUCUGGUCACUGGGUGUAACACUUUGGGAACUCUUUGACCAUGGUACUCAGCCUUAUGCACACCUUUCUGAUGUCGAAGUUCUCCAGCUGGUCAUAAAAGAGAGGGACACAAAGCUCCCUAAACCACAACUGGAGCAGCCCUAUUCAGAAAGAUGGUAUGAAGUUUUGCAGUUCUGCUGGCUACCACCAGACAAGAGGCCAACAGCAGAAGAAGUACAUAGACUACUAACUUAUCUUCGUAUGCAAAGCCAAAGGGACUCAGAAAUUGACUUUGAGCAGCAAUGGAAUGCUCUUAAACCAAAUACCAAUAACAGAGAGAGUUCAAAUAAUGCUGCAUUCCCAAUACUUGACCAUUUUACCAGGGAUAGACUUGGUCGUGAAAUGGAAGAAGUCCUCACAGUAACUGAAACAAGUCAGGGGCUUAGUUUUGAGUAUGUCUGGGAGGCAGCUAAACACGAUCAUUUUGAUGAGCGCAGUCAGGUCAAUCCUGAUGAGGCCAUGUCAUAUACAAGCAUCUUUUUUCCAGUCGAUGUUUUUGAAAGUUCACUCUCAGAGCCUGGACAAGGAAAGCAAGAUGAAAGUGGCCAAGAUGUGUCACUCAGGGCACCGGGGGUAGUCCCUGUUUUUGAUGCCCACAAUCUUUCUGUUGGGAGUGAUUAUUACAUCCAGUUAGAAGAAAAAAGUGGUGGCAACUUGGAUCUUGAUAACCAAUCAACAAUUCUCACUACUGAAGUGGAUAAUCCUGACACUCUAAGUUCCCAAUUCAUGGCACUCAGGGAUCUUGAUAAUGGGGAAUCAAAUACUGAUGGAGAUUUUUUUCACUACACUGGAGAUCCUAAAGAUAUUGGUAUACCUGAAGAUUCACAUGUUGCCAGUGUCCCUGAAAGCCCUUUCAGUAAUAUAUUUAAUGAGCUUGAUAAAUCAGAGGAUUUGCACAGUCAUCAAAAAAUAUUUGAUUUAACAGAACUAAAUGGGAUUCAUGCUGAAUUUAAACCAGCUACUCUCAGCCCAAGCUUGGAUGUGCCUAAAGAGACAUUAGUAACUAGCCAUCUUGAAAAAAAGACAGGCCACAAUAUUUUUGAUCAUGAUGCCGUUUUCUUAUCUGAAAGUCUUGUACAUCAGAAUGAUUUUGACCCACUGAAUAUUCAAGAACUGUCAGAAAACUUCUUGUUUCUUCAAGAGAAAAACUUAAUGAAAGACACGUUGUCUAUGAAAGAGCAUGCAAGUGAUCUCCAAACAGAAUUAGAAAAAGCAGGUUUUACAGGGAAUAUGUUAGAAUCUUCACAUAGAAAUUCUUUAGACAUUGAGCUUAACUUCAUUGAAAAUAAAUCAGCCUUGUCUUUGUUGCAAGACAAUGCAAAACCUGAAAGUAAAGAAGAGUGCAUAAUGCCUUUAGGAGAUAAUUUGAAUGUCUCUUUGCAGUCUUCUCCAGAAUUGCAAAAAACAUUUAGCUUGACCAAAACAGAAGAAAAGGCUUGUGGUAUACAUCCAGAUUCUGUUCUCUUUCAAGAAGAAGCUGAAGCCACAUGUUUAAAUGUUGUUGCCUGUGAUGAUAGCCCCAAGCAAGAGAUAAAUCCAAGCAUUAAAACUGCCUUGGUUGAAGUGCUAUCCAGUGAUACGGUAUCAGAGAACAUUGAAAGUGGAACACAUGACAUUUCCCCCAAAAGCAAAAAAUCCACAAAUAUUACCAAAAGUGAACCACUUCAUUUUGAUGAAGAAACUGCCUGUAGUAUAAGUAUGGAGAUGUGUCUUCCAGAAGAAAUGAACCAGGACUUGGAAAACAAGUCCCCUUUAGGAGACCAUAAUGCUAGAAGCUUGCUAGAGAAAGAAAAUGAAACUCUAGGGAUUUCAAAUCAGCUUACUUAUAAAGAAACACCAAAAGAAGUAGGCUUGAUAUCUGCCCUUUCUUCUGAUUCUGCAAGCCAAGACAGUCUCUUGGAAGACAGCCUCUUAACCCCCAUGCAGACAUCUGAGCAAUCUGUAGAAACACCAGAUUCUUUGGAUUCAUUAGAUGUCCAUGGGGUUUUAGAUGCUUUAGGUACCCAGAGUCCUCAGAAACUUGUGCCACCUGAUAAACCUGCUGACAGUGGUUAUGAAACAGAGAAUCUGGAAUCCCCAGAAUGGACUUCCCAUCCUGCUGUUGAUGAUGCUUCAAAUACAGGUACCACAUUAAUUGAUGAUGGCACUCUUACCACUUUGCCUCCCAAUCCAGUUAUCAUAAUUUCAGAUGAAGCAGACAGCAACAAAGAUUUUGACUUGACCUCAAAGACAUUAGCAUGCAGUACUCAAAACUCCUAUCGAGACUCUGCCUAUUUUUCUGAUAAUGAUUCUGAGACUGAUAAGAAAAACGAGGAUGUCACAGGAACAUCAGCAGCAUUGGCCUUGUUUACAAAAGAUCAGCCCCAAAGGGGUGUAUCCAGAGCUGAACAGAGUUGUGAUGCCAAGCAUAAUUGUUGUGAAGAGAGAGUUAACCAAAGCCUUCUAUCUGGUUUGCAGAACACCAGUGAACCAGAAUUACAAGACACAUUGGAGCUGGAACAGACUGACAUUCCUAGACAGGUUGACAUGGCUGAAUUGGAAGCUGAAAAUUCUUUAACUCUUAUCGCAAGUUCAGAGUGUAGCUAUAGCGAAGAAUUUGACAUUCUAGAUGAUCAUUGCUGCAAUCGCACUUCUACUGGCACCAAUACUGAUGAAUUACUUGCCUACACAAAUGCUACAUUUUGUUCUGGAAACCCUUCAGCAAUGGCAGGGGCCACCUUUUCAACAGACUUGAUGGGAGAUAAGUCCUUAUCCUGCUAUUCUGAGGGGCCCAAGUUGAAGGAGCCAGAUAUUGAAGGAAAAUACCUGGGGAAACUUGAUGUUUCAGGAAUGAUUGAUAUAUCAGAGGAUGGAAUAGAUGCAGAUGAAGAGGAUGAAAAUAGUGAUGAUUCUGAUGAUGACCUGAGAGCUUUUCAUCUUCACAGUCUCAGUUCUGAAUCAGAAGAUGAAACAGUACAUCCAGUGCCAGUGAUACUGAGUGAUAAUGAUGAUGGGAAGCACUUACGGAGUUUACUGAAACCACCUAUGCCUAUUGGAAAUGACAAGCUACCUGAUAAUUGGAGAAAGGAUAAGAAGGCAGUAACAUUCUUUGAUGAUGUCACAGUCUAUCUGUUUGAUCAGGAAACACCAACCAAAGAGCUGGGACACCGAGGAGCAGAAGCAAAUAAUCAGGAGUCUGAUAGUGCAACACCAUCAUUAGGUCCCAAUGACUUGAACAGGUUUACAAACUCAGAAAGUUCAACCGAUGAAGAAGGUGGAGGUUUUGAAUGGGAUGAUGACUUCUCUCAAGAGUCUUUUAUGGCAAAAACAGCAGAUAACCUUGGUUCUAAGCCCUCUCUUCAAACAUCAAAGUACUUUUCUCCUCCACCACCAUCUAGAAGUAUCGAACAAAGUUGGUCACAUGCAUCGCCUUAUUCCAGGUUUUCUAUCUCUCCUGCCAACAUUGCAAGUUUUUCUCUUACACAUCUUACAGAUUCAGAUAUUGAACAAGGAGGAAGCAGUGAAGAUGGAGAAAAAGAUUAAGUGGGAAAAAUACUUUUUUUAAAAAUCAGAAACUGCUCAUACAGGACAGCAUGCCCACACUGCUGGCCUGCACAGUGUAAAUACUGACAAACACAAUUGUGUUCGGAGAGCCACUGUAGGCUUCUUCUGGAGUAAGAAGAGGAGAAUCAAGAAACACAGAAAUGUUAAAUAAGGACUUUUGAUGUGUAUUUGUAAUGCGUGUUUUUAAUCAGUGCAAUUUGCUUUUCAUUUGGAAGAGAUGAAUCUACAGCUGUUUUAAAAAAAAAAACUUGAAGUAUUAAUUCUUCAGGCAAUUGUUAUUUGUAACAAACUUGUAAAGCAAUUACACAACCUUCUGGUUAUGUAUGGGAUUGUAUCAUAUUCUUUUUAUAUUUUUCCAUGUAGUUUAUUCUAUUUGAACCUACACCUGUCAUAGAAUUAUACAUAAUUGUGUCUGUACAACAGGUGGCUGUGUCACUGAAACCGUAUGAAUGAUAGUUGGUCAGUAGUGAGCCAUAUUUAUUCAUGGGGGGGAAAUCACUAAAUACAUAUUACCUUGCUUUCUGUAAUUGCACUAUGGAUAUAUGUUCCCAGAGUCCCCAACAUUGUACAGAAUCAGAAUCGUAAAUUAUUCAAGGAAAAUAAAGCAGGUCAAGCUAGGGCUGUUCACUAGUUUGAUUUCUCCUGUUUUUAUAUUUUGUUUGCUAUGCAUGGUACUUGUAAAAUUUAAGUGAGUGUUAUGCUGUUGUAGAAUUUGCUGGAAUCUUAAACCCAGUACCAUUUUUCAAAAUGAUAAAUAAUUCUGAAUGUUGCAGUGUUCGUGUUUUUAUAGGAAAUAUUUUUGAGGAGUCUGAAAACACUGAUCUGGGUUGCUCAACUGAAUCAAAUGCAUUUACAUUUCUUCUCUUAGAGUGACUUGAGAAUAUCAGACUUCUUUCCAAAUAGUUGAAGGGUCUUUCAACCUGUGAUUCUUAAGGGAUGUGGAAAUGAUUUCACUCCUGAACUCCCUGGAGUAAAAAAUAAAGCUACUGUAAAGCUUGGCCCAAAUAAAAUUUCUGAGCUUGUAUUAACCAAAUAUGAGAUUAUUAAGUCAGAUACUUCAUAGUAAUGUCAUGAAGUUUUCUCAAAAAUUAAUUUGAAAGAUCAGACUUACAAUGACAGUUUCAUUCACCUUUGCUUUAAAAAGGCAGUGAUACCAAAACUGAAAAUGGGAAAUGGCUACCCCUGAAGUCUCUCUGCCUUAAAAUAAUUAAAAGUUAAUUGCUGCUUACCUAGACGCCAUCAUUGUUUGAUGUGAACAGUUGAAUAAAUCAGCAGCCUCCUAAGAUGAACCUGGUUAACUCCAAAUAGUUCUCCUGGAUGGUGUGGCAGUCAGUCCAUGAAAUGAGUAACAUGGUGCAGUUUAAGGUGGCGGCUAGCUUUAAAAUUUUGUUAGCUAGAUUUAUAGACCCUUCAGAUAUUGCUGUUAUUGGCCUGAGCACACAGAAGUCAUUUUCUACUUUCUUUUUCUCUUUCUCUUUCUUUCUUUCUUUCUUUCUUUCUUUCUUUCUUUCUUUCUUUCUUUCUU